CCGGUGUAUGACCCUGGGACGCAGGGUAUAAAGGUAGGCCGUCUGAGACAAACCAAGCUUACACACAAGACGCUCAGAAGAGCAGAAGAGAUCUCUAAUCCUAGCUCAGUCCAUACACUAAUAAAGAAGGACAACUAGUUGAUGCUCUGCUCUUUUAAAAACACAAUUGGAUGACUGAAGAUUUAAGACGCACACUGCUGUUUUAUCCUUGACUGGUUAAAUCUGAGAAUCUCCUGAUGGAGAGGCUCAAGUCUAACGGAGGGGAGCACAAUAACCUCGCUUAUGACGCCACUCUGGAUGAACCUCCCCACUAUGAGGAGAACAACGGGGAGCACCGGACGGUCCGGCCCUCGGUGGUCAGCGCGUUCGGUCACGACACGCUGGACCGAGUGCCCAACAUUGACUUCUAUCGCAACGCAGGCAGUGUGAGUGGUCACCGGGCUGUGCGACCGUCCCUGCAGGAGCUCCACGAUGUGUUUCAGAAGAAUGGCGCGAUCUCUGUGCCAGACACCGUGGAGGACGACGGCGAGGGGAGUGACGGGACCCCCUCUGAUGACCUGGAGUCUGCCGUUCCCACUGAGAUUGGAACAGUAAAGUUUGGCUGGAUAAGGGGCGUCCUGGUGAGAUGCAUGCUGAACAUCUGGGGUGUCAUGUUGUUCAUCCGUCUGUCCUGGAUCUUUGGUCAGGCAGGCUGGGGUCUGGGGUGUGUCGUCAUUAUUCUCAGCUGUGUGGUCACCACCAUCACCGGCCUGUCCAUGUCGGCCAUUUGUACUAACGGUGUGGUCAGAGGAGGAGGAGCCUACUACUUGAUAUCUCGCAGUCUGGGACCUGAGUUUGGCGGGUCGAUUGGUCUGAUAUUCGCCUUCGCCAACGCGGUGGCUGUAGCCAUGUAUGUGGUGGGAUUCGCUGAGACCGUGGUGGAGCUGCUCAAGGAUAACAACGCCAUCAUGGUGGAUGAAAUCAAUGACAUCAGAAUCAUAGGGUGUAUCACCGUGGUGUUGCUGUUGGGCAUAUCAGUCGCUGGGAUGGAGUGGGAGGCCAAGGCUCAGAUUGUCCUCCUCAUCAUCUUGCUGGUGGCCAUAGUGAACGUAUUUGUAGGAACAUUCAUUCCUGCAUCCGAUGAUAAGAAAUCCAAAGGCCUCUUCAAUUAUGAAAUGAAUAUCUUCUUAGAGAAUUUCCCUCCAGCUUUCAGAGAUGGCGAGAGCUUUUUUUCAGUGUUUUCCAUCUUCUUCCCGGCUGCAACCGGGAUCCUGGCUGGAGCCAACAUCUCUGGAGACUUGAAGGAUGCCCAGGCAGCCAUACCUAAAGGUACCUUGCUGGCCAUCCUGAUAACUGGUGUCACCUACCUGGGAGUGGCCCUCGCUGUCUCUGCCGUUGCUGUCCGUGACGCCACAGGAAACAUGACUGACCUCAUUAUGCCUGGAACAACAUGUAACGGUACAGCAGUAGCUGCCUGUGAGCUCGGCUAUGAUUUCUCCAUCUGCGCAGUAGAAAAAUGCAGCUUUGGCUCGAUGAACGACAAUCAGGUGAUGACCUUGGUGUCCGGGUUCGGUCCUCUCAUCAUUGCUGGAACGUUCUCAGCUACCCUUUCAUCCGCCCUGGCUUCCCUCGUCAGCGCUCCCAAAGUCUUCCAGGCACUGUGUAAAGACAACAUCUACAAGAUCCUGCACUUCUUUGCCAAAGGAUACGGCAAGAACAACGAGCCAAUCCGUGGCUAUGUCCUCACAUUCAUUAUUUCUGUGGCCUUCAUUCUCAUUGGUGAUCUCAACGCCAUCGCUCCUAUCAUCUCAAACUUCUUCCUGGCAUCUUAUGCUCUCAUCAAUUUCUCCUGCUUCCAUGCAUCCUGGGCCAAGUCUCCAGGUUGGAGACCAGCAUAUAAAUUCUACAACAUGUGGCUGUCCCUGUUGGGCGCGUUGCUCUGCUGUGUUGUCAUGUUUGUCAUCAACUGGUGGGCUGCUCUACUCACAUACGCCAUUGAAAUCCUGCUCUACAUUUACGUCACAGUCAAGAAACCAGAUGUGAACUGGGGUUCGUCCACGCAGGCGGUGACGUUUGUGAGCUCAGUCAGCAACGCUCUGUCUCUGUCUGGUGUCGAGGACCACGUCAAGAACUUCAGGCCUCAGAUCUUAGCACUGACUGGUUCAGCACGGUCCAGACCAGCUCUCCUGGACCUGGCUCACUCCUUCUCUAAGAACUAUGGACUCUGUAUCACCUGUGAAGUGUUCGUGGGCCCGAGAUCAGAGGCCCUCGAAGAGAUGAACGCAGGCAUGGAGAAGAACCAGCUGUGGCUCAGGAAAUCCAAACGCAAGGCAUUUUACGCUGCUGUGGCCUGUGACAGCUUCAGGGACGGGACGGAGAGUCUGCUGCAGGCGUCUGGUCUCGGCCGUAUGAAGCCCAACACGUUAAUGAUCGGCUUCCAGAGAAGCUGGAGGACUGCGGGCACAGAGGCAGUGCAGAGUUACGUGGGAAUACUGCAUGAUGCGUUUGACUUUGACUACGGGACAGUGGUGAUGAGGAUGAACCAGGGACUGGAUGUGUCGCACAUUGUCGAAGCUGAAGAGGAGAUGCUAAAGGCAGCAAAGGAGCAACAGGCACUGGACAGUGAGAUGACGCCGAACGGAGGGAAAGCAAAAGGACUGUUCAGGAAGUCCAGGAAAUCCUCUCAGCAAGUGCUCAUGACCAGAGUGUCAGUGUGCGGCCCUCCGCCCCCGCAGGUUGCCAAGAUGAACGAGAGGCUGUUGGAGGCCAGCGCUCAGUUCCAGAAGAAGCAGCCUAAAGGCACCAUUGAUGUGUGGUGGCUGUUUGAUGAUGGAGGUCUUACCCUGCUGCUCCCCUACAUCCUCACGACCAGGAAGAAGUGGAAGGACAGUAAAUUAAGGAUCUUCAUCGCAGGGCAGCCUGGACGCAGUGACCUGGAUAAAGAGGAGAUGAAGUCUCUGGUGCACAAAUUCAGAAUUAACUGCACUGACAUCAAUGUCGUCGAUGACAUCCACAUCCCACCCAGCACUGACAGCUUGAAGAAGUUAGAGGACAUGAUUGAGCCGUUCUGUCUGCAUGAGGGGUCUAAAGACGCCACUCAGGCUGAAGCCAUGCGGAGAGAGCAUCCCUGGAAAAUCACUGACAAAGAGCUGAGCACCUUUGAGGAGAAGACCAACCUCCAGGUGCGAUUGAAUGAGGUGCUUCAGCAACACUCCAAAUCAGCCAAUCUGAUCAUUGUGAGCAUGCCCAUCGCUCGUAAGGAAUCCGUCUCUGACUUCCUCUACAUGGCCUGGCUGGACACCCUGACAAAGGACCUUCCACCCACCCUGCUCAUUAGAGGCAACCACAAGAGUGUGCUUACUUUCUACUCCUGAGCACCUUGCAGGCUAUAGGUAAAGGAAACAAUGUGGAAGAACCAUAAUGAUGGACCAUGUUCAUACCUUGGAUGAUGUUAUUCAGCCCUCCAGACCAACACCACAAUGUAACACCAGCAUUUUUAGUCAAGUCCUGAUGAAGGCAUUCAUACUCACACAAGAAAAUACCUAAAAACAGACAAAGAGAAAAGUGGUCAGCAGGCGUAUUUGACAAAGGUAUAAUAAAAACACAUUUUCAGUCACAUUUUCACCUUGUUGAUAUUUUACCAUUAACCAGUUUUUGUCUGGUAUGUGCCGUUUCGUGCUACCUUGUGGCAAGUUGUGAGCUGGAAAACAAUUACUUGCACUGUUUGAAGUUGCAGCCGGGCAAGCCUCACAUUGUACGACACUGUAUGGCUACCAGAGUAAACUUUUAAUGCUGUGCUGCACUCCGUCUUGUGUAUGAAUGCUGUCAGCAAAAAACGAGAUUAGUCUCAUAAAGAAAAAUGCACUUCUGACAUUGAAUUUGUAAAUGUAAGAAAUUCUGAAAGUGAAUUUAGGAGCAAAGUUUAAGCUCUUUGCAGCGAUGGACAAGUACAGACAAAAUGGUGUAAUAUUAUAUGCAUAAAAGAACAAAGUCAAAUCACACGUCUUCCUAACUUGGUCGGAUCAGUCCAAUGAACAAAGGCAGAGACACAGGCAGAGAUACAAGGCUGCGUUCAAUGGUUACACUGAGUGACUGCAUUGUCUGCUGCUGUGAUUGUAAAAUAAAUGUAUAUAGUAGAUAUCUGAAUUCACUAGUGGAUAUUUUUUGAGCAAACAAACCUUUCCUUUCAUAAAUGAUCAACAACAUCUGUUCUUUUAAACUGUGGAUUGAUUAUUUUCUAAACAUUCCUUGAUAUGUAAAAUACACCGCUAUCAUAAAGCUGUUUACCUGUUCCACAUUAUAGGCUACUGUUUAAAUAUGUUAAUGUUACUAUCACAGCACACUUUUUGUUUAAUGAAAAUUGAGUUUAAUAAAUUAUAGAUUGUAAAGCCAAUUAUUCUGUAUAUUUUAACCUUUUGUCUUCCUAUUUAAAUAUAUAUAAUUGUGAUUACCUGAAUUAAAGGAUUAAUAAAAUUUUGAGCUGCUCUUAU